CAGGAACGAAGGAUCCUGCUCGCUGCCUCAGCCCGAGAGCAUCCUUUCUCCUCGCCUCCUCGUCCUCCUCUCCAAAACACAGCGGGAUGGCGGAGGACCGGGAGGAAAGCUUCACCGCGCUCACCGGAUCGCGCUAGAAUCCCGUUUUCGGGUUCCGCUUCGCGUCUGGCGCUCGUUGUGCUGCCCGACAUGAGGAGGCUUUGCUGCUGAUGCAGAGGAGACAUCACAGCCUGUCUGUGGAAACCCGAAGAAUAUCACGCUUUAGUCAUCGCCUGCACAGCCGGCUGGGGCUCAGCCUCCAGCGUUUAGUUCUUUCAUUUUUAUUUUUAUUUUUAUUUUUCUACAAGCAUUUCUGGCAACCUAAAUACUCUUUUCGCAGUUUUUUUUCUUCUCGUUACCCCCCCACCCCCCCUUCCCGUCCUCGGCUGAAUGAAAUCACCGGGGAUCAUCGAGAAGAUGCCCACAUAAAAGUCCUUAAGGUGCCUGAAACUUUCAUGGCCUAAAAGACGACGUCUGCUUGUGACCGACCUGAUGCCAGGAAGAUCCAUCCAUGGUGGAUUGGAAGUUUUAAGCAUUAGUCGUUGGACUAAUUGGACACUGGGACAGUGACUAACCACCAGCAUGACCACAUGUCCACAUCAGUGGAGACUUGUCUGACAUCGGGGCCUUAUGUCUUUGUAUCUUCUGUAUUCAUCAAAAGGACCUAUUGGCUGUAUCUCCAGUUUAGGUCAGUUUGCCAAUGAGAUCCCGGGUUUCCUCUCCCAGCGACUGAGGCUGAUUGCGACAUCUUAGUACUUUUGUCAUGCUGGGAACCUGGGAACGAACCAGAAAGCCGACCGUGUGGCCUCCCUAUCUUCACUAAGGACCCCCAUGACCCCCGCAGAAGUCCCAUAGCCGCCACAUGUCCUCAUCCGAGAUCUAACAGCAGCCGCCGGGAUGCGCGCAUGCCUGUAGCCGCUCCGCGCCAGCGCUCUCGAGGCUGGCGGCCGUCUUCCUCGGCCAUGACCCGGCUGAUGUUGGGCCGGACUCUGGAGCGCAUCUGCAAAGGCGUCCUGCUGCUGUGCCUGCUCCACUUCCUCAUCAUGAUGAUCCUGUACUUCGACGUCUACUCGCAGCGGUUCGACCUCUUCAGCCGCUUCAACAACGGCCGCAACGGAUCCAGGAACAACGCCAGCGGGGUGGCGGCGGCGGCGGCGGCGGGGAGCGGCCACCACUACUACUACUACAACCUUUCCAGGCCCAACGCCACGCUGGCCAGCUACCUGGUGCCGAGUGCGCAGCCCGAGACCAAUCAGACGCCGUCCCCCAAGCCGCUGCCGCCGUGCCCCGACAACCCGCCCGGCCUCGUGGGGCGUUUGUUGAUCGAGUUCAGCUCCCAGAUGACGAUGGAACGAGUGCAGAGGGAGAACCCCAACGUGACGGACGGAGGCCGCUACACGCCACCCGACUGUCGGCCCAGAUGGAAGGUGGCCAUCAUCAUCCCGUUCCGCCACCGAGAAAACCACCUGAAGUACUGGCUCCACUACCUGCACCCCAUCCUCAGACGGCAGAGGAUCGACUACGGCAUCUACAUCAUCAACCAGUUGGGCGAGGAAACCUUCAACCGCGCAAAGUUGUUGAACGUCGGCUACACGGAGACUCUGAGGGACGGAGAGUUCGACUGCUUCAUCUUCAGCGACGUGGACCUCAUCCCGAUGGACGACCGCAACCUCUACCACUGCUACGACCAGCCGAGGCACUUCGCCAUCGCCAUGGACAAGUUUGGCUUCAGGCUGCCGUACGCGGGAUACUUUGGAGGAGUUUCAGGCCUCAGUAAAAAACAGUUUCUGAAGAUCAACGGCUUCCCCAACGAGUACUGGGGCUGGGGAGGGGAGGACGACGACAUCUACAACCGGAUCACUCUGAACGGGAUGAAGGUGUCGAGGCCAGACGUUCGCAUCGGUCGCUACAGGAUGAUUAAACACGAGAGAGACAAACACAACGAGCCCAACCCACAGAGGUUUAAUAAAAUCCAGAACACCAAGAACACGAUGAAGAAAGACGGCAUCAGCUCCCUGACCUACAGACUGGUUCAGGUCAAGAGGUACCCUCUGUACACAAACAUCUCCGUGGAGAUCGGCAAACCACCGCCCCGGCCUAUCAAGGGCUAGAGAGGGGGAGGAAGACGAGGGCGACCGCGCAGGGACGAGAAGAAGAGCGCUCUCACCAUAUCCUGAACAUCAGGAAGGAUGCAGCAGUGGAAGAUAGAGGGAAAGCAUCAAGCACAUCACGUUCUCUUUCUCCCUCUUUUUUUAAGAUUUCAGCUUGGCGUUUCUUUAGCCGGGACUCGGGGUUCGCGCUUCCCACCGUCACCAACGUGUGACUUCAGAACUUUGAAGGCCGUGGACCGGAGCUCAGCGUCCUCGAAUUUCGGAAGCUGAAACUCAGUCUUUCCGUUCACAGCUUUCUGUAAACUGGAGGCCGUCCGGAGGAAUAUCCAAUGCCGAGGGGAAAUAUUGUCAAUAUGACGAUUUGAAAAGGUUCUUCUGACCUGUUCUGAAAGACGGCAUCGAGGGGGGGGGACUACUUGACACGGGUCUUGACACGUGGACUCGUGCUUGAUGCAGCGCAUAUCAAAGAGACCAUCCGACUCUUCAUCUUUUCUCUUCACACGUGAGGAUGGCAGACAGUUUUAAUGAUUGACUCAUUCAAAUCCUCCGGUUAUCAGUCAACAGAAUGUGUAGUGUACCUGUAUCUACAGUACGGGGACACGCCGAUGAAACAUGUUUGCCAGCGGGGACAAACUUUUCGGAACGGGAACUUACUUAUUGGCGUGGCGAGAACGUUUAGCGGGCUGCAGACGCGAAGGGUUUCCUCCUGUGCUGAAUGCGAUGAUGUGGAACCACCUCGGGGAGUUAAAUAGAGGAACUCAGCAGAUUUACACUGACAGCUCAGUCGUGAUCUCAAUGGUUUCUGGAAGCGUUGUUUUUUUGUUUCACUUCACUUGAAGAAAGAUGAAGAGGUUUAUUUUGGUAAUCUGGGCUUUUUGUCUCUGUAAAGCGCAAAUGGCCUGAGGUUUAUAUUCAUAUUCCUUAAUGUAAAGAUUUGAUUGAGUACAAAUAUGUGUUUUUCAUUAGAAGUUACCGCCUUUUCUGAACAUGAAUCGGGCGGAGAAGAGUUAAACUGACAUACAAUCCACAGACAAGACCUUCAACUUCUAUCGAUAUGGUUUCAUUUGUCAUUCGUGACAUUUUCUCUCUCUGCUCUUUUCGCUUAAAUCUUGGAGGAAAAGGCGAUCAUGAAAAAAGGGAAUUAUAGGGUGAACGUUGUGAAUUCCGGGGCACCAAUGGGAAGUUAUCGUUUGAGUAGUUUGGCCUACGUCUCGGUUGCUGCCUCAGAUUCUAUCAUCAUCGGCUCUUUAUUCAAAUAGAUUUUAUCACACUUUUUCAUGAAUGCCGGUCCCAUUUUUUUCUUCUUUUGUCUCGGAAAAGUUUCCCCGUGUUGGAAAAAAGGCCGUUUUUCCUCUACUUUUGUCGCCUAAACACCAAAGUGAUGCCUUCGGAAGUGAUCUACACUGACGUUACUUUUUAUUUAAAGGUCAUUUUAGGGAGUGAAUUCAAACAACGUGAGGAUGUGUGCUUUAAGAUGCAUAAUACAGUAACAAACCAAUAUUAGGUACUUAACAAUUAUAUUGAAAUGAAUUAACCCGACCCCGGCUAAGCGGUUGCAGAUGAGAUGAGUGUUAAAAAGAAACAUCUAUUUGUUAAACAUUUGUGUCCAACGCCUGUACCUAUCAUUUUUGUACCAAUUAUCUUUCAUUCACAACCAUUUGGACUAUUUUAGUAAAAAAUUGUGUUUGCUCGAUUUCCCCUUUGGCUUGCCUUCAGGCUAAAAUCCCCGUGUUUCCAUCUAUUUGGCUCCUCGUUAUUUCCAUCCGAAGCCUUUUUGAUGGUUUCAUUACUCUUAUCUCAUACACGCACAAAAUCACGCCCUCCCCCUUUUUUCUCUGCAUUAUCUCGCCUUUCAUUGCCUUUUCCUUUCAGACUCUUCCAGUCCAGACAGACGGUGUUGAAUGAACCAAAUGCUUCUUCUUCUCUCAGUAGAUAUAUCGACAGGGCACCUUUGUGUCUCUGAAUCCGUGCCGCUUGCUGUACUCGGUUCAUAAAAUCGCCUUUUUCUCCCCGUCUCCCCGACUCCAUCCGAGUUCUGCUUCUCCGUUUCACCCUGCGUUGAGACCCUCCUGGUGGAUCGGGUGUCCUCAGGGAGCAGGCGACCUACGGAGAGGUCAACGCCAUCCCUGCGGUGUACAGCAUGCCACAGGUUCCACUCCCGGGUUUGGGAUUCUGAUCAGUUUGUGAUGCAGUCAACUUUUUUUUUCCAGAUACAUUUAUUCAUAGUUCUAUAAUUUACCGGUUGAUUUGAAAUCGUUGUCAUCUGUACACAGCAGGAAAACGAUGUUUUCUUACAGUAUUAAAACACUGGUGAAUUAGUGCUUUACUUUCAUAAAGUUGGAUAACUUGAGAAAAGAAAAUGGGUUCCACAUUUCCCAUAAUGCAGCCGGACAGUGUUUCUCCAAGAGUUUAUAAAGUGGCAGAAGCUGCAUUGGGACCUUUAGACCUGGACGGACAUGAAACUAAAGAAACAAAAGACGUGCGUCAACCUGCGCUGCUCGCACACCAACAGACGAGAGGAUUUACGGUUACUCUAUUGAGAAAGCUGAUUUUCCAAUCUUCAUGUUAAAUUAAUUCAUUUGUGAUUUUCGGCAGAAGUUAUCACAACAUUUGCUACGUUGACGUCUGGUUCAAAUGUGGUAAAAUGACUGAAUCUUCCUCCUCCUAAGCAAAACCCCUCCAGCUUAUGAAGCAGGCCUUCUAAGGUCUCCUGGCCCCGGCUGAUAAAACCCAGAGGAACCUGACUUCUUUUUGCAGAAGACCUCGUGCAGCGGUUUUCACCGGCUGAGCGGUGCAACCUCAACCUUUAACUUUGAAAAUGAAGACAAUUCCCUCAUGCUAAUUAGUCCGAAAAAUAACAGGAAACCUUAAUGAGGUCGGUGGCGUUAGGAAAGGUGAAUCUACUGGAAACAGCGAGAGGAGGUCCCGGUGUGUGCAGAGAGAAACGGAGGUCAAAGGUCAGCAAAGAUAGUAUUUGAAAGGUUUCCUUUACUUGAGAGUAAGAACUACCGCGAGGAGCUCUUGUUGUUUCUUAACGGGCUCUUGACUCGUCGUCGUGAAGUUAUCAAAGCGCUUCUUCAAAUACGUUUUUUGCUGCCAAGCUGACCAGACUUUCAUGCCGACUGGGCAUUUUUAAAAAUUUACUGUAUCUAUAGCUAUGUUUUUUUUUGUACAUUGAAUGUUAAAAAUGUUAUAUCUUAAACAGAAUGCAUUACAUCAUAUCAAACCUACUUUUUCUAUACAAUCAAUAAAUCUGAUGGUUAAAGAUUGUA